UUAAUUUUUUCACUAACAAAACCAUGCAUUCAAAUCAUUUACUUCUUGAAGAACCCAUCAGAAUGGCUUCCAUUUUGGAGCCAUCCAAAGCUGGUUUUUUUCCUGCAAUGACGAAGAUUGUUGGAACAUUGGGUGCAAAAUCUCGAUCCGUUGAGGUUCUUUCAGCAUGUCUUAAAGCUGGAAUGUCAGUGGCAAGAUUUGAUUUUUCAUUGGGUGAUACUAAGUAUCAUCAGGAGACAUUGGAGAAUUUGAAGAGUGCUAUUAAGAGCACUAAGAAGCUAUGUUCUGUCAUGCUAGAUACUGCAGGUCCGGAGCUAACAGUUCUUAACAAGAGUGAGAAACCUAUUUCACUUGAGGCAGAUGCAACUAUUACUCUUACACCUGAUGAAGGCCAGGAAGCAUCUUCUGAAGUGUUUCCAAUCAAUUUUGGUGGAUUAUCCAAGGCAGUGAAGAAGGGAGACACCAUUUUUAUUGGCCAAUAUCUCUUCACAGGAAGUGAAACGACGUCUGUGUGGCUGGAGGUAGAUCAAGUGAAAGGGGAUGAUGUAGUUUGCAUUGUAAAGAACUCUGCCACGUUAACUGGGUCAUUGUUCACUCUGCAUGCUGCUCAGAUUCAUAUUGAUUUACCUACUCUCUCAGAUAAAGAUAAGAAGGUUAUUAGCACAUGGGGAGUCCAAAACAAAAUUGAUUUUCUUUCAUUAUCAUUUACCAGGCAUGCUAAGGAUGUUCGUGAGGCACGUGAAUUCUUAUGUAAGCUGGGUGAUCUAAGCCAAACUCUGAUCUUUGCCAAAAUUGAAAACGAAGAGGGCUUGACACAUUUUGAUGAUAUACUUCAAGAGGCUGAUGGGAUCAUCCUUUCUCGUGGAAACCUUGGUAUAGAUCUCCCACCUGAGAAGGUGUUCUUGUUCCAGAAGGCAGCUGUUUACAAGUGUAACAUGGCUGGCAAGCCUGCUGUAGUAACACGUGUUGUUGAUAGUAUGACUGACAAUCUUAGGCCAACUCGUGCCGAAGCAACAGAUGUUGCUAAUGCUGUCUUGGAUGGUACUGAUGCAAUUCUUCUUGGUGCUGAAACUCUACGUGGAUUAUACCCGAUUGAGACUAUUUCAACUGUUGGAAGAAUUUGUGCUGAGGCAGAGAAGGUCUUUAACCAAGAUCUAUACUUCAAGAGAACAGUCAAAUUUGUUGGGGAGCCCAUGUCACACCUGGAAUCAAUUGCAUCCUCUGCGGUCCGGGCAGCAAUUAAGGUGAAAGCAUCAGUAAUUAUUUGUUUCACUUCAUCUGGAAGGGCAGCACGAUUGAUAGCCAAAUAUAGGCCAACAAUGCCAGUAUUGUCUGUUGUAAUUCCUCGACUGAAGACGAAUCAAUUGAAGUGGAGCUUUACCGGCGCAUUUGAGGCAAGGCAGUCUCUUAUUGUGAGGGGUCUUUUCCCAAUGCUUGCUGAUCCUCGACAUCCUGCUGAGUCUACGAAUGCAUCAAACGAGUCUGUGCUGAAAGUUGCCCUCGAUCACGGGAAGGCCUCAGGAGUUGUGAAGUCCCAUGACCGAGUUGUCAUCUGCCAGAAAGUUGGAGACGCAUCGGUGGUUAAGAUUAUUGAACUUGAAGGUUAAGUUAUCCUCAUUUUUUAUGGAUGUGAUGGUAGAGUGUUAAAGUCAUCACAAGUUGAGGUUCUAAUCUAAGGCUUUGGUAGCUACAAUAUGUGAUAUCCUAUAGUUAGUAUAUUGUGGACAAUUCUUGUGGUCAGAACUUGCAAU